UCCUCAACAUGAUCGAAAAAAAGCAAAAGAGUGGGAGGAGAAGCGCUCGCGUCGACAAGUACAUAUCCACCAGCCGAUUAACGGGAAUGUAGGAAAUGUAGUCGGGAAUAUAAACGGUACUAUCAACGCCAGAACUUCCGUUGCUACAUCAAAAAGAGGUUUGAAUUUUAAAAAGAACAAGGAUGUAGUCAAAAAACGGACUAAAAUCGAAUCACAAGAUCAACCUAUUGAGGCCGACUCCGAGGAAAGCACUGAGGAUGAACUUAAAGAUAUAUAUAAUACUCCACCACCGCUUUCUUGUGUUAGUUCAGAGAAUGAAUCUGAAGAAGACUUUAAAUUGGAUGAGGAUAAUGACGCAUUAUAUUGUGAUAUGAAAACGGUUUCAUUCGAUGAUUAUUUAAACCAAAAUAAAACGGAAUCCGAAUGGAAAUUAAAAGAUGGUAAUCUAAUUAUUGAUAUUGUUAAAAUUAAGACUGCUGAGUUGGUAAAAUUAGUUUCGGUAAAAGAGAAGAAAGAACGAACACAACUUAUGAAAAGUGUUAUCCGAUUAGGGCUUUCAUCAAUUGUAGAUUUAUCUUCAGAGUUCGAAAAUGGAAUGUAUACGUGGUUUGGGCAAGAAUGGGCAGAUAUUAAAAGAAAGGUCUAUGGGAUUGUUAAUAUGGAACCAAAGUUCUUCGAAGGGGAGAUAAAAAAUGUUAUUGAUACUGUCGAAGAGGAAACUCGCGACUAUUUAUAUAAAAUUAGAACUGGCAAGUAUUCCCAAAUAGUACAGCAAAUAGCCACGAUAUAUUUUUAUGUGAUCGAUGAAUUUUUGAAAAAUUCGUCCAUAUUUAUAGACAAAACAGGCAAAUAUAAGGAACUCAGCGAGAUUGAAUAUGCAAUGGCUAUGAUUGCACCAAUACUAAACAAUGUAUUCGGUGACACCUUUGAUUAUCUGGAACUUCGCUGGGGAGAAACAUUAUCUAAUGCCAUGUCCGAUCGUCGUCGAAAAAUCGAUUUGAGAAUUGUUCAUAAAACCAAAAAACUUGAACUCAGCCAUACAGAAUGUGCCAAAGCUCCUACUCUUGGAAAAGCUGUACAAGAUCGUUCAAAAUGCUUACGAACAUUGAAAGGUAUUCUUGAUAAUUUCUUAAAAGAAGAUUUAUCGGAUGAAGAGGUUCAGGACUCAAAAAUAUUAGGCAUUCAGUUUGCUGGUUUGAAUGGGCAGAUAAUAGGGAUAGAUCUUCUCGAUGAUGGACUAUAUUUCGGAUUAGAGGGACCAACUUUUAGUUUUCCUGCACAACUCAUAAAUAUCAAAUGUCUUCGUGAUGCUCUGGAAGCUUUAUAUUUUUUCAAACAAGAAAUUGUUAAAAAAAUGAAGCUAAUACCUGAUCCAAAAAAGGUGAAUCACCCAUAUAAUCGGAUAUUUCACUCAAAUUCGGGUACUUUAAGAGAGGCAAAACAUUCCAAAAUUAAAUUUGUUCGAAAAACAUAUUUUACGCCAAAAGAAAGAAAUGGUACUCAAGGUUCUAAUUUCAAAGAUGCAAUAAAACAAAGCACUAGGCGUGAAGCUGAAUAUGAAGCUAGAUUUAAGAAACUAGAACAGAAAGAUAAAGAAAAAACCAACCUUAUUACUAAACUGGAGCAGAACGAUAAAGAUACUGUUGCAAGAGUUGCGAAAUUGAAACAAAGCCAGUCUCAAAAUAACUCUAAUGUUAAAUCAGAUGAUGAUACCAAGGGAAUCGAUCAAUUUUUUGUUGAUACUGCCUCUACCAAAAUGGAAAAUUCUAAAGAUACCCCUAAAUAG